AUAAUCUUCACAAAUUCAUCAUCUAAACUCAAUAAAUUUUAGACAUCUCAAGUCCAUUUUCUCAAGUUUUUGUUAAGAAAACCGACAUACACAAUGGCUUGUAUCACCUUUGACGAGACUUUGGCUUGCCCCGUCUCCCCACACAGGAUGUUCCAUGCAUUGUUUCUCGAUGCUCACAAUUUGAUGCCUAAGAUCAUGCCUCAAGCCAUCAAAAAUGUGGAAUUUCUUUCCGGUGAUGGAGGACCAGGAAGUGUUCAACAAGUUAACUUCGCCGAUGGAGGCCCAGCGAAGUACGUUAAGAACAGACUAGACUCGAAAGACAAAGACAACUUUGAAUGCAAGUACACCGUAAUUGGAUGCGACGCGUUCGGUGACAAGGUCGACUAUAUCGUUAAUGAGGUCAAAUUCGAAGCUGCUCCUGGUGGAGGAUCAAUCUGUAAGACAAAAAGCACUUACCAUCCGAAAGCUGGUGUUGUAUUGAAUGAAGAAGAGAUCAAGGCCGGAAAAGAAAAAUCGCAGGGUGUAUACAAGUUUGUUGAGAAUUACCUGGUUGAGAACCCUCAUGUUUACGCUUAAUGAGCGCCUAUGCUAUACUUAAUAAUGAAGGUCCGAUAAACUUAUGUGCCCAGCCAGCUAAUCUGGUGUGUGUUUAAGGGUAAUUUAUAUCACUUAUAUAUGUAGUACUUUUACUAAUGAAUAAAAUGGACGAAAUGUUAAAGAGAGGCAAA